AUGGGUAAGACUCAGAAAAAGAAUAGUAAGGGUCGUUUAGAUAGAUAUUAUUAUCUAGCUAAAGAGAAAGGUUAUCGUGCUCGUUCUUCCUUCAAAGUUAUCCAAAUCAAUGAGAAAUAUGGCCACUUUUUGGAAAAGUCUAAGGUAGUGAUUGAUUUGUGUGCUGCUCCUGGGUCUUGGUGUCAAGUUGCUGCUAACUUGUGUCCUGUGAAUUCAUUGAUUAUAGGUGUUGAUAUUGUUCCUAUGAAGCCUAUGACCAAUGUUAUUACAUUUCAGAGUGACAUUACCACGGAGGAUUGUAGAUCCAAGCUGAGAGGGUAUAUGAAAACAUGGAAGGCAGACACUGUGUUACAUGAUGGUGCUCCGAAUGUGGGUUUGAGUUGGGUGCAGGAUGCGUUUACACAGUCCCAUUUGACGUUACAAGCGUUAAAGCUUGCAGUUGAAAAUUUGGUUGUCGGGGGUACUUUUGUAACCAAGGUUUUCAGGUCUAAGGAUUAUAACAAGCUAAUUUGGGUGUUCCAACAGUUGUUUGAGAAAGUAGAGGCUACUAAGCCACCUGCCUCUAGAAAUGUAUCUGCUGAAAUCUUUGUGGUAUGCAAAGGAUUUAAGGCUCCAAAGAAGUUGGAUCCGAGGUUGUUGGAUCCAAAGGAGGUUUUUGAAGAACUACCCGAUGGUCCUCAGAAUAUGCAGGCUAAGGUAUAUAAUCCUGAGAAAAAAGUAAGGAAGAGAGAUGGGUAUAAGGAGAACGAUUACUUGUUAUACCAUGAGGCUCCAAUCAUGGAUUUCGUGAAGGUGGAAGACCCGAUACAGAUGCUUGGAGAGUUAAACAGAUUUACUAUUGACAAGGAAGAUAAUGAAUGGAAGAUACUGAAAACACUAAAACAAACGACAACUGAAUUUAAGGCUUGUAUUGAGGACUUAAAGGUGUUGGGUAGAAAGGAUUUUAAGAUGCUCUUAAGAUGGAGGAAGGCAGCAAGAGAACUCCUUGGCUUGGAUAAAGAAGAAGAAAAUCCUGAGGUAGAGACUGUACCACUGACUGAGGAAGAGCAGAUUGAGAAAGAAUUACAAGAUAUGCAGGACAAACAGAGGUUGAUGAAAAAACGUGAGAAGAGGAAACAGAACGAGAUGAAACAAAAGGAGAUCACUAGGAUGCAGAUGCAGAUGCAAACACCCACGGAUAUUGGUAUCGAAGCAGCUAACCUAGGACGCGAGUCUUUGUUUAACCUCAAGCAGGCAGAGAAGACUGGUAUACUUGACAAGCUAGCAAAAGGUAAAAAGCGCAUGGUUUUUACCCGAGAAGAACUUGCGGAGGAUAAUGACAUCCAGAUCGAUGUAGAUGGUCCACUACUUGACCGUGAUGAGUACGCUGAGGCGGAUGACAUCGAAUCGCAGCUUGAUUUCAUGUAUAAUCAGUAUAAGGAAAGGAAAGCCGAAAGAGAUGCUAAAUUCAGGGCACAACAGGCUCGUGGCGGUGAUGAUGACGCUUGGGAUGGUUUUGAUGAUGCGGCAAAGAGUAGUGAUAAUGAUGAGGAUGCAUCUGCCAAGGACUACAUAGAAGAAGAUGACGACGAUUUAUCCGAUUCAGACGGCGAUGAGGCAAUCAAUUCAUUGAUAGCCCGGGCUAAAGAACAGAAAGGAGGCGUUAAAUUGUCAGCCAAGGCUCGUGCAUUGUUUAGCAACCCCAUUUUCGAUGAUAUCGAAGCUGACUUGCCAGCAAACACUAACCUUUCGGGUAGCACUGCCAACAGUACAGACUUGACUAGUAGUAAAAUCAGUGUAAUUAACAAAAGAUCUGCCGAGAGUUCUGAAUCUGAUGUUAGCGAUAGCGAGAGUGAUAGCGACUUUGAAAUCGUUACUAAUGAAGAAGUUCAUUCCGACCAAUACGAUUCCGAUGAAGAAGAUAAUUUGUCACAAAAGGAAAAGUAUUCUAAAGACAUUGAUAUUGCAACUGUUGAGGCAAUGACCUUAGCUCAUCAGUUAGCAUUAGGCCAGAAGUCUAAACAUGAUUUGAUUGACCAGGGUUUCAAUAGAUACUCCUUCCGUGACGUCGAUAACUUACCAGAGUGGUUCUUAGAAGAAGAAAAGAGACAUUCAAAGAUCAAUAAGCCAAUUACUAAAGAAGCUGCCAUGGCAAUCAAGGAGAAGAUGAAGGCUUUGAAUGCGAGACCAAUAAAGAAAGUUGCUGAAGCGAAAGCCAGAAAGAAGAUGCGUGCGUUAGCGCGUUUAGAAAGGUUAAAAAGAAAGCUGGUCUAA